AUGAGCCGCAGCAGCGGCAACAACGAUGGCAGCGGCUGCGACCUUUUUGUGAAGAGGGUUCAAGAGAUCAGGAUAGGAGACAAAUAUCAGUUGAUGCGGAAAUUGGGCGGCGGCAGCUUCGGUCAAGUCUAUUUGGGACGCGACCUUGACACUGGCCGAGAGGUCGCCAUCAAACUCGAGCAUUGUAUGGCACGGCCGCAGCUACUCAAGAAUGAGGUCAACGUGUACCAUGAUAUGGCUGGCAAGAUUGGAUUCCCUCAGCUCCAUUGGGACGGAGACGUGGACGAGUUCAAGGUCUUGGUCCUUGAACUUCUCGGCCCCAGCUUGGAGGACUUGCUUCGAUAUUGUGGCGGUCGAUUUUCCCUCAAGACGACGUUAUUGCUGGCUGACCAACUCCUCCAGCGACUUGAAGUGCUCCAUUCCCACCAUUACCUGCACUCAGACAUCACUCCCCGAAACUUCCUCCUUGGGAGGGGACAUCGCGGCAACGUGGUUCAUGUCGCUGACUUUGGUCUCACGUUUCCCCACAACCAUCCAUCGAACGGCUCUUCAUACCCAGCGACUCACCUGCGACAAAUUCCUCUUACGGACUUGGUAGGUACCGCGAACUAUGCCAGUAUCAAUGGUCAUCAAGGUGGUCCAGAAUCCGCAUGCGAUGAACUAGAGUCUUUGGGAUACGUGCUGGUGUAUCUGGCAAAGGGGAGACUUCCCUGGCAACACGUCCAAACCCAACCCAUCUUCGUCGUGGAUCAGCACCCGUCCCUGCGUAUCUCGUUCAUGAAGAGCACGAUGAGUGCUGAAGAACUCUGCGAAGGCCUCCCUGACGAAUUCGCAAAGUACAUGAAUUAUGUGCAUGGCUUGGAAGAGAGAGACCAGCCUGAUUAUCGCCAUCUGCGAAGACUCUUCGACAAUCUUUUCCGACGGCAGGGAUUUGAGUACGACAAUGUCUUUGACUGGACACGACUGGAGUUUCUGCGCCUGGAAGCUGCCGCCGACUCUGAGCCGUCAACGGUACCAGGCGUUGUGGAUGGAAGCCUUGAAGGCACUGCGAUAUAA